GUGCGUCUUAUUGUCAGCCAGCAAAUGCCUGAUGAUCAGUGCCCAGCAGUGUCAGCCAGCAGUGCCACCCACCUGUGCCCAUCAGUGCCACCCAUCAAUGCCCAUCAUUGCUGCAUAGCACUGCAGCAUCAACAGUGACUCCUCAUCAAUGCCCACCAAUGCCGCCUCAUCGGUGCAGCCUAUCAGUGCCCAUCAGUGCUGCCUAUCCAUGCCACCUCAUCAGUGCCCAUCAGUGCUGCAUAUCAAUGCCCAUCAGUGCUGCUUAUCAGUGCAGCCUCAUCAACACACAUCAUUG